UCCUUUUCAGUUGCCCAUCGCGCUCCUUAUCUACCUACCUGCCUCUGAGGAUGCCCAGACAGUAUGCCAGGAAAUCCCUUAUAGGGUUGACUCCAGGGAGAGUCAUGGAGCAUGCUGUAAAGCGGGUCGUCGAUGGUGAGAAGUCCAUUCGAAAGGUAGCAGAAGAUUUUGACAUUUCAAAGUCAACCCUGGCCAGGUAUGUGGUGAAGUAUCAGAACGAUACUGAAGCAAGAAUGGAACCGGCCUAUACGCACGCGCAGGUAUUCAAUACGGCACAGGAGAGCGAUCUGAAAAACUUUCUGUUAAAAUGUUCAGGCAUGUUCUAUGGUCUGACAACACGACAGACGAGGGAUCUGGCCUAUGAGCUGGCAGUGAAGAAUAGCCUGGCCCCCGAAAAAUGGAAAAGUGCGAAGACCGCGGGCGCAGAAUGGCUGAAGGGUUUCAUGUCACGUCACCCUGACCUCACCUUGAGAACUCCGGAAGCGACGAGUCUCGCUCGAUCUGCAGCUUUCAACCCGCAGAACGUCAAUGGCUUCUUCAACUCGCUGGAAGGUGUGCUUAAAGAGACAAAGGUAAACGGACAUCAAAUCUACAAUCUCGAUGAAACGGGCUGUACAACCGUCCAAAAACCACCGAGGGUUUUGGCACAGCGAGGCGCGAAGCAAGUCGGCCAAGUCACGUCCCAAGAGCGUGGAGAGCUCGUGACGAUGGUGGGGAUAGUGUCAGCCAGCGGCCAGGCACUUCCUCCGGUCUUCGUCUUUCCCAGGAAGACUUUGAGGGACUCGCUGAUGAUUGGGGCACCAGAAGGAUCUUGUGGUCUUGUCCACCAGUCAGGCUGGAUGACAAGUGAGAACUUUCCGCACGUUCUUGAUCACUUCGUGAAGUACAGCCACUCAUCCAAGCAAAGUCCCACUGUGCUUAUAAUGGACAAUCAUGUCAGCCAUAUCAGCUACGUGGCUCUGGAACACGCUAAGAAGAACGGCGUGUAUAUAGUCACGCUGCCACCGCACACAUCCCAGAAACUGCAGCCACUGGACAGGGCAGUGUACGGUCCGCUGAAGACAUACUUCAACUCCGCAGCGAACGGCUGGAUGCUUAAAAAUCCGGGAAGGAACAUCACCAUCCAUCACAUGGCGGAUCUUAUCGGAAUGGCCUGGAUGAAGGCGGCAACGCCGACCAACAUCACUGCAGGAUUUAAAGCGUGCGGCAUCUGGCCACUAGACAGGAGCAUCUUCUCGGAUGAAGCGUUCCUUCCAUCUGCGGUGACGGACAAUCCUUUUCCGGAAGAAGCCGGACCAGACCCAUCCGUCGAGCGAGGCGACGACACGGAGCUCGUCGGCUCGGAGCCAGGGCCGUCCAGCCAGAGAGGCGGCGACACGGAGCUCGUCGGCUCAGAGCCAGGGCCGUCCAGCCAGCGAGGCGGCGACACGGAGCUCGUCGGCUCGGAGCCAGGGCCGUCCAGCCAGCGAGGCGGCGACACGGAGCUCGUCGGCUCGGAGCCAGGGCCGUCCAGCCAGCGAGGCGGCGACACGGAGCUCGUCGGCUCGGAGCCAGGGCCGUCCAGCCAGCGAGGCGGCGACACGAAGCUCGUCGGCUCAGAGCCAGGGUCGCUGAGCUGGAAAAUAGCAUCACCAGAGCAGAUCCGAGGAUAUCCGAAAGCCGCCGCACGUCAAGGAAAGCGGAAGAGUGGAACGUCCAUUGUGGCUCGACACGCCAACUCGACACCAGAAAUGAAACGCCUAAAGUGUGUUAUGGAGAGCAAAAAUGCCAAGAAGCCGAAAGGCAAAUGUUCCGCCAAAGCUGCAAGGAAGCUAGUCGUAGAAAGCAAGGAGCGUCCUGGCUCCGACAGUGACGUCACAUGCCUGGUGUGCGGCAUGCGGUUUGACAGGUCUGCCGAGGAGUGGAUUCAGUGUGUAUCCUGUAAGGCGUGGGCGUGCGUUCCUUGCACGGAUGUCGAUCCUGGGCAGGUCACCUAUGUGUGUGACCUGUGCCGUGACCUGUAAGUGACCCCUCAGACUGGCAGUCUGACACAGUACAGCAUCAUUGUUCGCCGAAUUUGGCUGUGCAUACACUAAGUGUCUAUUAGUUCUUACGUUUGAUUAGUCAUUCAGUGUCAUUAGGCUAGUACAGAUACAAACGUUCUGUUUGGACGUGUCAUGUUUGUCUCAUUUGAGGAUCGGUAAGGCACGUCGGUGAUAUUGUGUGUGGAUCCAACUAAAUAUAUGCACCGCUUCAUAAACCGGAAUUACAUACAUCCUUGUUGAUGGGAGACAUUUUAUUAUUUUUAUUUAUGCCAUAUGUAUCCAUAGUGUUUUAUUUACAUCACCACCAGCAUAUAUGGGAAUGGGCCGGAAUUGAGUCGAUUAGAGCAACUGUUGCUCUAGACUAGGAUUUCGGAGGAUUAAUACUAUGGGGAAAUCCUCAAAAGAUCAAGGCAUUGCAUCGACCAGAAGGGAGCCAGCACUGCUAGGAUCGACACCUGGCCAGAGAGUCUCUGUUAUCACCUGGAAGGGCGCCGUUACUGGUAAGAGGGGCUCCGUUAUCGGUAGGAAGGGUCUCACAUUUAACUGGAGGGCCCCGUUACUAGACAGGAUAUGCUUUUACGACGAGGUAAAACGAAAAGUUAAGAUUUGUUGUAUUCAUUUGCGAGCAACCCAGGUCCUUGUCCCAUUUCUACCCAGCAUGUCCUAUUUCUCCACCCCACAUAUCCCAGUUCUCCUGUGCCUGUCCCAUUUCGCCACCAUUGCAACUUUUUAUUUAUGAUGAAAUAUUAGUUACUCUAUGGAUUAUAAAAGUCUCAGAAUAACAAGUCUUGUAGAGAAUUACUUGCUCUUUCCAAUGACACCAUUCGCAGCUAUAUAAUUUGCCUGUGUGGGUAUGUACAGGUGCUCAAAGUUGGUAUUGAAUUUUUGUCCCACUUCUCCCCACUCU